GAUUUGACCAUGGCUCCCUUCCUUUGGAAAUGGGGCAAUUUGUAGUAAUUGGAAGGGAGUGGGUUUUCUUCGGCAGCUCCAGAGGCUGACAGUCUCAGCUCUCAACAGAAAAGUCUCCUCUGACUUCGCCUCUCCUCCUCCUUCCACUUCUUACUCUACUCUUCCUUUACCCCCUUCCAUUCCCCUGAUUUUCCUUGCAUCUUUUUUCACUCUUUGUUGCUCUCAUUGAUCUCUUCACAUCGUCACUAUUAUCAACCGGAGCUACAGAUUUCUCAUCCCUUUGUCUUGAUUGUAACAGUAAUAAUUCCUAUUGGAAAGUUACAAGGACAAGAAUCUUCUGCUUAUACUUGCAGAUCCGACCCCAGCUGUUGGUUUGCUUGCUGUUAAUGGGGUGGAGCUUCUAUAGUGAUCGGAAUUGGUGCCGUGGCGUUUUUGCAGGCUGUGUUUAUGUCUUUGAUGUGGUUUGAUGAUUGAGUUAGACAAUGAUCAUGUGGCUUUUAAUUUGCCACCGACCGCUUUGAAUUUGGACUUUCUUGAAUGAUUUUGGUAAAGCUCAGUUGCUAGUUGUUGUAUGUAAAUACUCAUACUAUUUGGCUGUAGCAUGUAAAAGGGCUAGAAAGGUUGAGAUACAAUUGGCUGUGAUCAUCGUGAUGGGUGGGCUUUGCUCGAGGAGAUCCACUGUAGAUAAUGCUCCCGGUGGAAGCUUUCCACAUGUUAAUGGUCAUUUGGAUGGUGGCUCUGGACUGGUUUUUCAGUCUCGUGCACUGCCAGCGAGAAUAAGUGACAACCCAGCUCCUCCUUUGGCUGGCGACAAUGUGGACAAACAGUUGAGACAACCUUUUACAUUCCCGGAGAGGAAUCCAGUUCAAUGUGUGACGGAUCCUGCUGAUAUCAACGAUGGCAUCCCUCGGUUGUCACGGGUUUUAUCUAACAAAUCUAGGUCAACAAAACCUAAGCAGGCUGCUGUUGCAAAGGUUUCAGAAGUGAGUUCUCUUCUGGGCAGAGCUGGCACUGCUGGGUUUGGAAAGGCAGUAGAGGUUUUGGACACACUUGGGAGUAGCAUGACAAAUUUAAAUCUUAACGGUGGAUUUACAUCUGGAAUGACAACAAAGGGGAAUAAAAUUGCAAUUUUGGCUUUUGAAGUUGCAAACACUAUAGUUAAGGGUGCCAAUUUGAUGCAGUCUCUUUCAAAGGAGAACAUUAGACAUUUAAAAGAGGUGGUUCUUCCCUCCGAGGGGGUGCAGAAGUUAAUAUCAAGAGAUAUGGAUGAACUCUUGAAAAUUGCUGCAGCUGAUAAAAGAGAAGAGUUAAAAAUUUUUUCGGGAGAAGUGGUACGCUUUGGAAACCGUUGUAAAGAUCCCCAAUGGCACAACUUGGAUCGCUACUUUGAAAAGUUGGGUUCAGAAUUUGCUGCACAGAAACAAUUGAAGGAAGAAGCAGACACCGUAAUGCGACAGUUGAUGACUUUGGUUCAGUAUACAGCUGAAUUGUAUCAUGAAUUGCAUGCAUUGGACAGAUUUGAACAAGACUAUCGACGCAAGCUUCAAGAAGAGGAAAACUCAAAUGCCGCUCAGAGAGGAGAUAGCCUUGCAAUCUUGAGAGCAGAAUUGAAGAGUCAAAAGAAGCAUGUAAAAAGUUUGAAGAAAAAAUCACUUUGGUCCAAGAUUUUGGAGGAGGUGAUGGAGAAACUUGUGGAUAUUGUUCAUUUCUUGCAUUUGGAGAUCCAGGAAGCCUUUGGCAGCACAGAUGCUGAUAAGCCAGUAAAAGGUUCUCUGAACAGUCAUAAAAAGUUGGGAUCUGCUGGUCUAGCAUUGCACUAUGCGAAUAUAAUCACUCAAGUAGAUACUCUUGUCUCUCGAUCAAGUUCUAUGCCUCCAAAUUCAAGAGAUGCUUUAUACCAAGGGCUGCCACCAAGUAUAAAAUCUGCUCUGCGCUCCAAGUUACUGUCAUUCCAUACCAAGGAAGAGCUUACAGUUCCACAAAUAAAAGCCGAAAUGGAGAAGACUUUGCAGUGGCUUGUUCCCAUUGCUACUAACACAACCAAAGCUCAUCAUGGGUUUGGAUGGGUUGGAGAAUGGGCAAAUACAGGGUCUGAGGUGAACCAUAGACCUGCUGGUCAGACUGAUCUCCUAAGAAUUGAGACACUACAUCAUGCAGAUAAAGAUAAAACAGAAGCUUACAUUCUGGAACUUGUGGUAUGGCUUCACCAUCUUGUCAGCCAAGCAAGGGCUGCCAAUGGUGGAAUCAGGUCUCCUGUGAAGUCUCCAAUUCGGUCACCCAACCGGAAGGCAAUUCAGUUGUUAACAAGUAAGCCAAAUUCAAUGUCCCCACUGUUAACUAUUGAAGAUCAAGAGAUGCUUCGAGAUGUAAGUAAGAGGAAAAAGACACCUGGCAUAAGUAAGAGUCAGGAACUUGACACAGCGAGAACUAGGUUAAGUAAGCACCACAGGCUGAGUAAGAGCAGCAGCCAUUCUCCAACAAGUGAAAGUAAGAAAGAUCUCUUCCCUAUUCGGAGGCCAUCUUCAGUCCCUGUUAUUGAUUUUGACAUUGAUCGGAUCAAAGCCUUGGAUGUUAUUGAUCGUGUGGACACGAUAUGAAGUUCUUAAGCACAUGGCCCGGAUGAAGAUGUACAAGGUGAAGUUAGGCUUGCAACUGCACAGAUGCUUUAUCUGCUGCAAUUUUUCCAUUUUGGGGGCUACUCCGUUGCUUUUGUGCUGCAGAGUACUUUUUUUUGGCCAAGUUGGCAGGCAGACGAUGAGCAAUAUUAGGGAUUGCCUGUUUGUUUGUUGAAAUUAAGUCAGAUAAAUAUAUUGUUGUAGUAGGUCUUAAUUGUUUUAGAGAUGAAAAUGAUGAUGCUGAGCUAUAUAGUUUUUCCUAGUAUGUAUGUACAGAAAACUUAAAUUAUUUUAAAAAUAAUUGAAAAUUCCUGCAUUUGUUU